AUGACGGUGGAGCACAAAGCAUUCAGUGACGUUUUCAGAGAGCGAUACGGGGCUACUGUGGUCAGUCAGUAUUACUUCAUCAAUACCACCCGAAGCAUUGCACAUGUCCAGGCUGGUGGAAACUCCCUGGAGAACUGGGCAGAUGCGAAGGUUGCAGUAAUCCUUUGUAAGGCGUGGAUUGAGAAGGGCAUUUUGGCGAUCAAGAUCGCCAUUCUUUGCUUCUAUCAUGGUCAGAUCGACGUGGUCAACGAGUACCUCAAGCGAUAUGGUAUCUCGGGUGUUCAGGUCGUCUCCGUCGACCAGUUCCAGAGUGGUGAUAACGACUUCACCAUUAGCUUGGUGACUGCAACAGCCAACAAGAGUCUGAUGACACUCUUAAGUGGCGACCCUGACUACUUCCAGGGUGUUAGCGUGUUCGUCAAGCUGUACAAAAGGCUCAAUGUCGCUGCUACGCGAGCCAAGAAGGGUCAUGUAUUUAUCGGCAGUGCUACCACUCUCGAUAGAGCCGUUCAAAAAGAGGCGAGCGGAGAACAUUUGAGGGCUCUCAUCCACGACGCUAUCGAGAGACGCGUUAUGUUGAUAGAUGAGACUGAGGACGAGAGUCCUUAUGUCCAACAACAUCUCAUGAGCAGCGAUAAGACUCUCCGUGAGUUCAAAGAGGAAACAUCUAGCCUCGAGAACUUGGGCUGGAUGAGUGAGCACCGCGAAGGGAGGGUGCAAAUUCUGAGGAAGGCGCACCAGCAGAAGCCGCAAAAGGUGACAUAUGGUGGAAGCGACCAGGCAACCCAAUUUGGUACAUUCCCGCCGAAUGUUAAGGAAGCCACUAGAGCUCGACAGUCUCAGCCUGGUGCAGUCAGAUGGAGUGACGAACAGCGCGAACAGCGCGAGUCCAGCAAGAAGAAGGGCAAAAAGCGAAGGUAG